CGUCUCCGAUGACAGUACAGAUCAUCACUCUAGACAUAACUUCAGACACUAUCUGUCCGUGGUGUUGUAUUGGUUUUAAGCACGUCAAAACUGCGAUAAAGCAAAUUAAAGAGUCCGGUCUUCCGGUCGAGUUUCAAUUUCAAUUUCAUCCCUUUAUGCUUGAUGCCAAUCUUCCACCAUCUCCUGGGUAUAACAAGCGAGCCUGGUAUGCUAGCCGACUAGGUGCAUCGAGGAUAAAGGCGGCUGAGGAACAGAUGAUAGCCCUUGGUCUUUCCGAGGGCAUUACAUUGAACUAUGACGGCCAAGUGAGCAAUACUAUUGAUAGCCAUCGGCUAGUUGCCAAGGUCAGGAAGAUUGGCGGUGAGAAGGCCCAGGUCAAAGUUAUGGAAGCACUGUCUUUUGCUUACCUUGAACGGGCGGAUGACAUUGGUAACUCAGACGUUCUGGCAGCCCAAGUUGCAGCCACUGGAGUGAUGACCAAAUCUGAGGUUUUGGCCUUUCUUGCCUCCGAUGAACUCAAGUCGGAAAUACUGUCUAGCAUACGAGGAUCGCAUCUGAAUGGUGUCUCUGGCGUGCCGUAUACCCUUGUCAACAAGAAAUAUGCUUUGACUGGAGCCCAACCUGCUUCGUCCUUUUUCAGGAUCUUCAACGAGAUCGCGCGUGGUCAGCGCAAGUAGACCGGACACCACGCGACCUUUAGUACUCGUCCGCCUGUUUGGGAUCCCUUUUUCUCAUUUAGUUUGGGUAGAUCC